UCAAUCAUUCAUCAUUCAAUAUUCUUCUUCCAUUUCGUCGCGCGCCUACCAGGCGAUGCGCAGCUUGCUGUGAUGGUUUUAUUUAACAUUAUUAUAUAUUUUUCAAUUUUAUGAUAUUCACAUCUCGUAAUAAACCUUGUAGUGUAAUUUAGUUAAAUUUUUCUUUAUGCGUUUUGAAAAAAUGGCGAAUCAAUCCCAGAAAAUUAUGUACAAGCUGGUACUGACUGGAGGGCCUUGCGGCGGAAAAACCACCGGACAAUCUCGACUGAGUACAUUCUUCGAAAACUUGGGAUGGAAGGUGUUCCGGGUGCCGGAAACGGCUACCGUCCUCCUAAGUGGAGGUGUAAAGUUUGCAGACCUCAGUCCAGAAGAAGCUACAAAGUUCCAAGAGAAUCUGCUCAAGACUAUGAUUCAGAUUGAGAACACUUUCUUCGAACUGGGGCGAACAUGUCAAAGGAAUUGCCUGAUUAUAUGCGACCGAGGAGCCAUGGACGCUAGUGCAUUUAUAUCUAAAGAGAAAUGGGAGGCUAUGAUGAGCGCCAACAACUGGAACAGCGUGGAGUUGCGGGACAACCGGUACAACCACAUCGUGCACAUGGUCUCCGCUGCCAACGGCGCCGAGGAGUUCUAUUCCACAGAGGACCACGCGUGCCGUUCCGAAGGCGUGGAAUUCGCCCGAGAGUUGGACUACAACGCGGCGGCGGCGUGGAUCGGCCACCCGUACUUCGACGUCAUAGACAACUCCACCGACUUCGACAAGAAGAUGAACCGCCUGCUCGCGUGCGUGUGCCACAGAAUAGGCAUCGACACCGGCGACCGGCUCAACGUCAACUCGAAGAAGCGCAAGUUCCUCGUCAAGCCGCCCAUGCUGCCCGACGCGGAGUUCCCGCCGUUCCAGGACUUCGACGUCGUCCACAACUACUUGCAGAGCGACUUCCGCAAAGCGCAAGUGCGGUUGCGGAAACGCGGCCAGAAGGGCCACUGGUCGUAUAUCCACACGGUGCGGAAGUUCCAUCCCACGGGGCAGUCGGUGGAAGUGCGUACGCAGUUGACGCACCGCGACUACCUCAACAUGCUGCCGCAGCGCGACGACGCCCACUUCACCAUAUUCAAGAAGCGGCGCUGCUUCAUCUACAACAACCAGUACUACCAGUUGGACAUUUACAGGCAGCCCACGCACCCCAGGUGCCGCGGUUUGAUCCUACUAGAGACGUACAGCGCUCACGACCAAGACGCAUUGCUCGCCUCGCUACCAAAGUUCCUCACUAUAGAGAAGGAGGUGACCGGAGACCCUGCCUACUCCAUGUACAACUUGUCCCUCAAAGAGGACUGGAAGACCUCCAACAAGUAUUACACAGGCUCUGACUGUGAUUGGCAAGUUAAACGCUUAACCAAUGGCCACGGCGCGGACAAGGCUAAUGGCCACGCCGGUAAAUUGUAUGGACACGUUGAGAAAGUGAACGGGCAUGACGCUUACAGAACGAAUGGACAAGGGGGCAAGAUUAACGGGGGGCACGCCUGCAAAGUCAACGGCCACAGUGCAGAUAAAGUCAACGGACACAGUGCAGAUAAAGUCAACGGCCACAGUGCAGAUAAAGUCAACGGCCACAGUGCAGAUAAAGUCAACGGACACAGCGCAGAUAAAGUCAAUGGUUACAGUAAAAUGAAUGGUCACCACCACAUGAAUGGCCACCACCAAAUAAAUGGUCACGACCAGUUCAAUGGAGAUGUGCAUGCCAACGAAUUAGGCAAUUGCAAGAAUACCAACGGUGUAUCACCAAAGAUUCCCAAAAAAGAUGCUGUUAAAGUAUAAUUUUAUUUCCGACUUAGUUACGUUAUAUAUUUAAGGAAAUUAUCAUUAUCACUGUAUGGCAAAGUUACACCUCUUUUCUAUAUUAAACCGCUUAUCUCGAAAAGUACUGAAAGGUUUUUCUUUUUCAAGAAGUAUGUUAUUUUGGUAUGGCGGUUUCUUAGGAAGCAAGGGAUGUUACGAAGAUCGUUAUAGGAGUCAAAUAUUUUAAAAUUGAUGUUGAUGAAGUCGAAGUACCUCCAUACCUAUGUAAAAUAUGAAUUGAAUGUAAACUGAGCACCUCUAACUUGUAUUAAUAAAUUCGAUUAGUCGAUUUUAUUCUAUGCUAGAGUUGCUGUCAUCUAAAUCCAAUGCUAGCGCGUGUAAAUGUUAUAAUAAUGACUAUGCUGGAAAAUUGGUAGUUUGAAGUAUUAUGCUUUGGAUCAAAACUAGCUAAGUCAAUGUUCCAGUUUAUCAUAUUCAGAGUUGAACAUUCGUAACAUCCGUAUUGUAUAGUGGUUGCAAAAGGUCACUUUAUCGAGUUUGAAAUUGUGGUGUGGUUUGAUCUGCAGGCUUAUGAUGGGAUGUUGUAGAAUUUAAUAUACCACCUAUUUAGAAAUUUGUCAACUGCAUAAUGCGUAAAUAGCUAAAAACAUUAAUUUUUGUCACUAUCACUUUUGUAUGCAACACGUUUUAGGCGGUCAUUGGACCGAUGACAGGCUGACGGGUCAGCUUCUAUAAAUAAUAUAAAAUUCCAUUUUAUAACAUUUCAAUAUAUUGUACACCAAAUCUUAAAUUAUACGUAGGUAUAACUGUAGUUUAAGUACUUAAAAUGAAAUCGAAAUAUGAUAUCGCAAGUUUACUUGAUCUUUAUGUAUAUUCCUACAUAAUAUUGUGUAUUAAUUCAUAUGCCAAAUAAAGCAACUAUUUUUAUAGUAUUUCUUAACUACAAAAUAUUUUUCAUAUUGAUAAAAAUGCGAUGCGUCAAUAAAAAAAUUGCCGAUAAUUAAUGAAAUGUUUCAUUAUUUAUUCAAAGGUAUAAUUAAUAAUUUUAAUAUAGUUUGUGCCUUUUUAUGCAGUAUUGAAUUCUUUGAAUACAUUUUGCAUGUCAUAUAGUACUUAAAAUAUUGCUGUGAAAUACAUUAAUAGGUAUUGUUGCAGUGUAGCAAAGUUUUUAUUAUAAAGUCAAUUUUGAUCGAUUUUUUAAACCAUGUAGUUUGGCGUUAUUGGAUUUUGAAGUAAACAGUCGAGAAUUAAAUAAAUGUGUAAUCAUUUAUUGCUGCAUUACUUCUUAAAAUCCAAUGGUGCAUAAUCAGCCUUCAUACAAAAUUUUUCAACACAUUUGUGUGUAAAUUAUGGUUUUAAUGGACUAAGAUCCGGCAUGAAAGCAGUAAAAUAAAUAACAGAUGAGAGUAUAUAUUUCUUAUGCCAGAUCUCAUACUACUCAUACUAUUAUUUCUUAUAGAAACUUAUAAACAGCAUAGUUUAUAAUAUUAACUGAUUUAUAUUUUUCUUUUCAGAGAUUUAGUCCUUGCACAGUAGGGAAUUUUCAAACUUUUUGCAAAUGUUUUGAAAAAUUUUGUCAAAAUUUUAUAAGGAUCAUAAUUUAAUUACCAACUUACCAUAUUUGUAAGAUAAACAAUUCAAUUGAAAUUUCACACCUCAGUGUUGUUUAUUCACUAGUAAUAAUCAGAUUUUAAAGUAUUAAAGAUUAAUAAACGUACAAAUAGAAGCUUUGUGUAUUUUGAAAUACAUAUAUGAUAAUUUUGUAAAUGAAAAAUAUCUUAUCACAUAUACAUUUAUAGCAUCAUGUAGUGGCCUUUGAAGAAAAAUUAGCGAGCAAUAAUAAUAUUGAAAUGUAGAAAUGCUAUUUACUUAUUAUUUUUGAAUUUAAAUAGUACCUUUACUUAUAAGUGAAAUCUUAAAAUGUAAUUUAUAGAGUACCGGUCAUUUCUAGACUCUGAAUGAUUGUAACAGACAUGUCUGCUUAUGAACUAUCGUAGAGAUGCAUCUAAUGAGUAGCAGCAUUGUUAAAAGGCUGUGUUAAUUAAUAUUAUUAGAGCUAUCUCAGCUUAAAAAAUUAUGGAAAUAAUAAGUAAUCCUUAUAAGGUUGCAUGUGAUACAAAAAUGCUGUACUUAAUUUUUUUACACAAGAAUCAUUAUAUUGAGAAACAUUAGUCUACACAAAAGGUUAAUACUUUUUAGACAUUAAUCUCAAAAUUGCAUGUUUUACCUUUUAGCACUAGUUUCCUUGAAUAAAGACAAUGUGCGCCUGAAGAA